GGCUUGGGCGGGCGCCGGGUUUCCCGCGGUCGAAGGAGAAUCGCUCUUAAAGGGCCAGCCCACUCGCGUCCUUUUGUUCCGGGGCCGCAGGGCGGGGCAGGACCAACUUUCGCUGUCUCCUGGUCUGCUCUCCAGAACGGCCAUGAUUUCCCAGUUCUUCAUUCUGUCCUCCAAGGGGGACCCGCUCAUCUACAAGGACUUCCGCGGAGACAGCGGCGGCCGGGAUGUGGCCGAGCUCUUCUACCGGAAGCUGACGGGACUGCCUGGAGACGAGUCUCCGGUUGUCAUGCACCACGAUGACCGUCAUUUUAUUCACAUCAGACACAGCGGUCUGUAUUUGGUGGCCACGACUUCAGAAAACAUUUCUCCCUUCAGCCUCCUAGAGCUGCUCUCCCGGCUAGCCUCGCUCCUGGGUGAUUACUGUGGCUCCCUGGGUGAGGGGACCAUCUCCCGCAACGUGGCUCUGGUCUACGAACUUCUGGAUGAAGUGCUGGACUAUGGCUAUGUACAGACCACAUCCACGGAGAUGCUGAGGAACUUCAUCCAGACGGAGGCCGUGGUCAGCAAACCCUUCAGCCUCUUUGACCUCAGCAGCGUUGGCUUGUUCGGGGCUGAGACACAACAGAGCAAAGUGGCCCCCAGCAGUGCAGCCGGCCGCCCGGUGCUGUCCAGCCGCUCUGACCAGAGCCAAAAGAAUGAAGUGUUUCUGGAUGUGGUCGAGAGAUUGUCCGUCCUGAUAGCCUCUAACGGCUCGCUGCUGAAGGUGGACGUGCAGGGAGAGAUCCGACUCAAGAGCUUUCUGCCCAGCGGCUCUGAGAUGCGCAUCGGCUUGACGGAAGAGUUUUGUGUGGGGAAGUCAGAACUGAGAGGUUAUGGGCCAGGAAUUCGGGUGGAUGAGGUCUCAUUUCACAGCUCGGUGCAUCUGGAUGAGUUUGAAUCUCAUCGAGUCCUCCGCCUGCAGCCACCUCAGGGUGAGCUGACCGUGAUGAGAUAUCAACUCUCAGAUGACCUCCCCUCCCCGCUCCCCUUCCGGCUCUUUCCCUCCGUGCACUGGGACCGAGGCUCAGGCAGACUCCAGGUUUAUCUGAAGUUACGAUGUGACCUGCCCCCAAAGAGCCAGGCUCUCAACGUCAGGCUGCACCUUCCCCUGCCACGGGGGGUGGUCAGCCUGUCUCAGGAGCUGAGCAGCCCAGAGCAGAAGGCAGAGCUGGGGGAGGGAGCCCUUCGCUGGGACCUGCCUCGGGUGCAGGGAGGCUCUCAGCUCUCAGGCCUUUUCCAGAUGGACGUCCCGGGCCUCCCCGGGCCUCCCGGCCAAGGCCCCGCCACCUCGGCUCCUCCUCUGGGGCUGGGCCCCGCCAGCCUCUCGUUUGAACUUCCCCGGCAUACAUGCUCUGGCCUCCAGGUUCGCUUCCUCAGGCUGGCGUUCAGACCAUGCGGCAACGCCAAUCCCCACAAGUGGGUGCGACACCUAAGCCACAGCGAUGCCUACGUCAUUCGGAUCUGAGGCUCCCAAACGACGACACAGGUGGCAAAGGAGGUGAUCUGUGCAUCAGGAGAAGGACGAUGUUUCCUCUCCCAGCAUCCUGGCCUGUGGCUGUGGCUCUGGCUGGAAGAGUCCUGACUCCUAGAGAGUAGGGGGACUCCACGGGUCCGACCGCCCGUCCGUGGGAUCUGACCCAGGAAGGACUGAGGUGGAUCACAAUUUAAAAAUCAAGCUUUUAUUCUGAGGAACUGACUGUACAAUACUGAAAGAGAAAGUCA